AUGCGACAACAGGUAGUAAGAGCAGCACAUGAUGAUCUAGGGCAUUUUGCUGCGGAAAAGACACUACUUAGAUUGUGUGAACACUACUGGUUUCCACGUAUGAGACAAUAUGUUGAAAAAUACAUAAGUUGUUGUUUACCAUGCAUUUAUGGCAAAAAGCCCAGUGGAAAGAAAGAGGGGUUUCUUAAUCCUAUACCUAAAAAGUCUGAGCCUUUUGACACAUUACAUAUAGAUCAUUAUGGACCUCUACCUAAGACUAGAAAAGAGGAAAUUUUCACGAUAUACGGAAAACCUCGAGUGUUGAUUUCUGAUAGAGGAAGUGCGUUCACAUCGAAAAAGGCUAAUGGCCAAGUAGAGCGGUUUAAUCGAACUCUUAAAUCUGCGUUAUUAACUAGUUGUUGUGAGGAAGAUAAAUGGGACGAAUAUUUACCUAAAAUUCAGUUUGCGAUGAACAAUAUAAAAAGUAAAGUUACGGGACCAACUGCAAGUGAACUAUUACAUGGGUUUCGUCCUAGGAGCGGAAUAGACUCUGAGUUAAUAGACGAAGUCAGACAAUUACCGAGAGUGUUAGAAAAUAUAGUGACUAUUCGAGAGAAAAUCGGCAACAGAAUAGAGACAGAAGCUAGUAAGCAAAAGUUAAGGUCGCGCAAAAUGAAUUACCGUAUAGUGAAUCAAUGGUCAUUAAGAGUAUUGCCCAAUUGCACGAUACGUGUUUCAGACAUGUCAAAUUCGCACCGCACACGUAAUAAACGGACAUAUGAGAAUGUAGUCGCUGUGGAUCACAUUAAGCCAUGGCAGCAACCAGGCGGCGUAGCAGACGAUACCGACGCAGGUAGCGGCUCAGAUGGCUUACGGGUUGACGACGUCAGCGAUAGCAGCGACGAUUGCUGA